AGGAGAGGCCACCGGGACCGCGAGCGGCAGCUGGGGAGGGGGCUGCGGAGCCCGAGCGCGAGCAAAACAGCUGAUCUGGUUUUCCUUUAAAGCGAGAGAAAAUGGAAGUCGGGUAGCGGCGACUGCGGCGCUGCGGGCUGGCAGAGCGGAGCGGCUCGGCGCGGCAGAGUUCUCAGGCGCUGUGGUCUCACCUUCCACUGGGGCAACAAUGGGCCAUUUCCAGCAGGGACGGUGCGGCGUUGGCCUGCAUGCCUGACUGCCACACACCUCCAGAAUCAGGUGUCUGAAAAGUGGCAGUGACAAAAGAAGAGACUCUCCCAGCCGAAGCCCCGGUGCAUGGAGAGAAGGAAGAAAUCAAUUUCCUAAUUGGUACCAUAUACAUCAGAUGGAUGGUUUCUAGUGUGCUUCCAAACCCCACCUCGGCUGAGUGUUGGGCAGCACUUCUACAUGAUCCUAUGACUCUUGAUAUGGACGCAGUCCUGUCAGACUUUGUUCGGUCCACAGGGGCAGAACCUGGUCUGGCCAGAGACCUGCUGGAAGGCAAAAACUGGGACCUGACAGCCGCUCUGAGCGACUAUGAGCAGCUCCGCCAGGUGCACACAGCCAAUCUGCCGCAUGUGUUCAACGAAGGGAGGGGUCCCAAGCAGCCAGAGCGAGAGCCACAGCCCGGGCACAAGGUGGAGCGGCCCUGCCUGCAGAGGCAGGACGACAUUGCCCAAGAAAAGCGACUUUCCCGGGGGAUUUCCCACGCCAGCUCAGCCAUCGUCUCCCUGGCCCGGUCCCACGUGGCAAGUGAAUGCAACAACGAGCAGUUCCCCCUGGAGAUGCCAAUCUACACAUUCCAGUUGCCAGACCUGAGCGUGUACAGUGAGGAUUUCAGGAGCUUCAUCGAGCGGGACUUGAUUGAGCAGGCAACGAUGGUGGCUUUGGAGCAGGCAGGUCGCCUGAACUGGUGGUCCACUGUGUGCACAAGCUGUAAACGGCUUCUUCCUCUGGCCACGACAGGGGAUGGGAACUGCCUUUUACAUGCCGCCUCACUGGGAAUGUGGGGGUUUCAUGACCGGGACCUGGUGUUACGGAAAGCUCUCUAUACCAUGAUGAGGACGGGAGCCGAGAGGGAAGCCCUGAAGCGGAGGUGGAGGUGGCAGCAGACGCAGCAGAAUAAGGAGUCAGGGCUGGUGUACACGGAGGAGGAGUGGGAGCGGGAGUGGACGGAGCUGCUGAAGCUGGCCUCCAGUGAGCCGCGCACACACUUCAGCAAGAACGGCGGCACAGGCGGGGGUGUGGACAACUCUGAGGACCCCGUGUAUGAGAGCCUGGAAGAGUUCCACGUUUUUGUCCUAGCCCAUAUAUUAAGAAGACCCAUCGUUGUUGUGGCAGAUACAAUGUUAAGAGACUCAGGUGGAGAAGCGUUCGCACCCAUCCCAUUCGGAGGGAUCUACCUGCCCUUGGAGGUCCCUCCCAACAGAUGCCACUGCUCGCCUCUGGUUCUGGCCUAUGAUCAAGCACAUUUCUCUGCCCUCGUGUCCAUGGAACAGAGAGACCAGCAGAGAGAACAAGCCGUGAUCCCCCUGACGGAUUCUGAGCACAAGCUGCUGCCUCUGCACUUUGCAGUGGACCCUGGCAAGGACUGGGAGUGGGGGAAAGAUGACAACGAUAACGCCCGGCUGGCCCACCUUAUCCUGUCGCUAGAAGCCAAGCUGAACCUUCUGCACAGCUACAUGAAUGUGACAUGGAUCCGGAUCCCCUCCGAGACACGGGCGCCCCUGGCACAACCGGAGUCUCCCACGGCCUCGGCAGGGGAGGACGUGCAGUCCCUGGCCGACUCGCUGGACUCGGACCGCGACUCGGUGUGCAGCAAUUCCAACAGCAAUAACGGCAAGAACGGCAAGGACAAGGAGAAGGAGAAGCAGCGCAAGGAGAAGGACAAGACGCGCGCCGACUCCGUGGCCAACAAGCUGGGCAGCUUCAGCAAGACGCUGGGCAUCAAGCUGAAGAAAAACAUGGGCGGUCUCGGCGGCCUGGUGCACGGCAAGAUGGGCCGCGCCAACUCCGCUAACGGCAAGAACGGGGACUCGGCAGAGCGGGGCAAGGAGAAGAAGGCCAAGUCGCGCAAGGGCAGCAAGGAGGAGUCGGGUGCAUCGGCAAGCACGUCGCCCUCGGAGAAGACCACGCCGUCGCCCACGGACAAGGCGGCGGGCGCGUCGCCGGCGGAGAAGGGCGGCGGGCCGCGGGGCGACGCCUGGAAGUACAGCACGGACGUGAAGCUGAGCCUCAACAUCCUGCGCGCCGCCAUGCAGGGCGAGCGCAAGUUCAUCUUCGCCGGCCUGCUGCUCACCAGCCACCGGCACCAGUUCCACGAGGAGAUGAUCGGCUACUACCUGACCAGCGCGCAGGAGCGCUUCAGCGCCGAGCAGGAGCAGCGGCGCCGCGACGCGGCCACUGCCGCCGCCGCCGCCGCCGCCGCCUCCACGGCCAAGCGGCCACCGCGCAGACCAGAGACGGAGGGCGCGCCGGUCCCGGAGCGCGCCUCUCCGGGCCCGCCCACGCAGCUGGUGCUCAAGCUCAAGGAGAGGCCGAGCCCCGGGCCCGCGGCGGGGCGGGCGGCGCGGGCGGCGGCGGGCGGCACAGCCUCCCCGGGGGCAGGCGCGCGGCGUGCGGGCGCCAGCGGACCGAUCCCCGGCCGCAGCCCCCCGGCGCCAGCGCGCCAGAGCGUCAUCCACGUGCAGGCGUCGGGCGCGCGGGACGAGGCGUGCGCGCCGGCCGUGGGGGCGCUGCGGCCGUGUGCCACGUACCCGCAGCAGAACCGCUCGCUGUCGUCGCAGAGCUACAGCCCGGCGCGCGCCGCCGCCCUACGCACCGUGAACACGGUCGAGUCGCUGGCGCGCGCGGUGCCCGGGGCCUUACCGGGCGCGGCGGGCGCGGCGGGGGCGGCAGAGCACAAGUCGCAGACCUACACCAACGGCUUCGGCGCCGCGCGCGACGGCCUGGAGUUCGCCGACGCCGACGCGCCAACCGCGCGCUCGAACGGUGAGUGCGGCCGUGGCGGCCCGGGGCCGGUGCAGCGGCGCUGCCAGCGCGAGAACUGUGCGUUCUACGGGCGCGCCGAGACCGAGCACUACUGCUCCUACUGCUACCGCGAGGAGCUGCGGCGGCGGCGCGAGGCGCGUGGGGCCCGGCCCUGAGCGGCGCGGCGCAGGCGGCGAGGUUCUACCUUCGAGGAUUUCUUUUCCAUUGUGUCGGUGUCUUUUUUACAUGCUCUGGUCCACCGGAAGGCCGGCGCCUCCUCUGUCAGUGCCGUGUACGUGUUUGGUCAAACGUUCCUAAUGGUGCCUGAACCUACACUGACGCCACUCAGGUAGUAGACGGAUAGGAAACAAGUCAUACUGUUGGAAGUGGGUGUGCUAGCCUAGCAUCUGCCUCGUACCUGUGGAAACUCAAUAGCCAUUGCAAGAGUAUUUUUGUUCCUCAGUAAGAAAUAAAGAAAUUCGCAGCCCUUUGUUUUUAGAAGGGAGUGUUUUACAUGCUUUUUUUGCCUUUUUUUUUUUCUCCUAACCUAGCGAUGACCUCUUCCAGGUAGCGGUCCCCUGUGCGCGGUUGGUAAUACCCAGGGCUUAGAGUGAACGCGCACCCGGGGCUGCGGUGGAGGCUCCUCUGCGGGCUCCACUUGCCUCCCAUCCCGGGACCUAGGAGAAGGCGGGUACCUGGCCGCCAGCUGACGCCCUGGUGGUCACUGUGGCCCUUUAGAAACACACAGCUCCAUUUCAUAAGCCAAACCUCCUCCCCCAGCCCCGGCUCAAGCACCAUUCACACACUGCCAUCCAAGCCGCGGGCGGCCGUGGGAAGGGCACUGGACCACCCGUCUUGCGGGCGCGGUUAGGUACAGCGAUGGCUCCCAGUGCCGGGCAGCUCAGGUGACAGGAGCUUUCCAAAGACACCUAGGGUCCAAAAAGCAGGGUUCCCAUCUCACAAUUUGGAUUUGCCCGUAGAGGAGAAGAUAGACAGCCUGCUCACAUUUCUCCUUUGAAGGCACUUCCACAGUGGACUGUCGCUGGAGGGCCCCUAGGCGAUGACCAUCGGUGCCCCGGGAGACAGCGAGGAACUCACCCUUCGGUCACUGUGUAAGCCCCCACUAGGCUGCUGCUCUUUCCAAAGGGGAGGAGCUGGGGGAACCAGGAAGGAAGCCACCCCAACACCUGCAUCUGUCUGGGUUCAGCCAGGUAAAGGGACUCACUAUGAUCGUGGCCCCUCCAUGGGGCAGGACGACCCUGCCUCCGUCUCGUGACACAAUGAGGGAGCAGCCCGAUCCCUGAGCAGUCUCUUUUUUGGUGCCUCCUACAUUUCUUGAGGAAAAAAAAAAAAAAUGUGUCCUUAGCUACCCUGUUUUGAGCAGCAAUACGCAGCCUCUUCCUUCCAAGAUUACCUCCGGAGAACACCAUUCUUGGCCAGGGACACUGAGGAGCUAAACCUGCCUCACUAAGGAACGAGCUUGUUUCCAAGAAAUGGGGAUAAGAUGGGUAAAAUCCUCACUAACAAAAGAAUACUAUAAAACCUGUGAGAGCCUUAGAAUAGCUUCUAAUACUCCUAGGAAAGGAGAAAGCGCUUGGCUUUGCUGUGAGUGUAUCCUCAGAAAAAGCAGGAGGUCGACCAUCUCUUCACUGGAGCCAGCUUCUCCUGUAGAAACGAUGCUUUUUUCCCUAACUAAAGAGCAGCAAAAACAAACAAAGAAACAAACAAAGUGGGAGGGGAUUUUUUUUACUUGUUUGGAAAAUUAUAAUAAAACAAUUAUCUCCUGUGAGUAAUGCCUUUUUGUUUUUAAUUAUUCCACAGCAGGUGGAGUUUUCAGUAAUUUGUUCGAGUUUUGCAUAAGUGGUUCCUUAAAUCAAAAAUUAUUUAUUCAAUAGGAUCUUUAAGAAAUUUUUUGAAAGUUUUUUCCUGCUGAACCAUAUUUUCAAUGUCUGGUAAUUACUGUACUAACGUUCACGUCCCUGAUAUUACUGGGGUUUCUUUUAUUACUCAGAAAACAAAAGUGGUUUUUUAAAAAUCUCAUGGAGAGGGUCUGCGGCAGCUUUCUGGACUGAUUCUUCGUGUCUCGCUGAGCAGCUGCUUUGGCAUCCAAAGCUGUGGGAUCACAGAAAGUGUUGCUUCGGGUGUGGAUGCCAGCCACUCCUCAUGCCCCUCACUCCUAAAAGAUUGAGACACCCAACCUUAAAAAUGCUUCAGUAGUCCAUUCAGAAACCAAACUCGUAUGCACAAGAUGCCAAGGAGGCAUAAGUCAACUCUUGUUUGUUUUUCUCAUUUCUUAAUGUAAAAAGAGCCAACCAGAAGUUUCUAAAACUGGCUAUGCAAAUUCAGAUCUUUUCUUUCUCAUGGUAUCUGCCUGGUUUGUUUAAUUCAAAAAAAAAAAAAAAAAACAACUGAGAAUAAAAACAGUCCGUUGUAAUACAGGAAAACCUUCCAAACCAGGCAGAGUACGUAAUUAUCAAAACACCAGGACCUAUUCUACCCUUGCAUUUCAAAGUUACCUCCACCCAUCACCAUCUGAUGACAGAUGUGCCCUAAAUAAGAGCCUGAGAUAAAACCACUGGCUGCAUCCUGCGCCCCAGCUUCUCAGUGUGGUAAAGAGGCGCCAGACGUCUGUAGACACCUGCUCCAGGCUGAUACAUUACCACUCAGUCCACAUGACUUAGGAAUAGCCAUUUCCUUUUGUGAGAGAUCUGAAUCCAUCCUUCUCUAAACAGUAUUUUUUUUAAAAAGGGGGAGAGAGCCGAUAGUCAUAUUAAAUGUGCAGGCCCCAUGCACCGACAGCAUGCUCCUUGAGAAGAGCCGUUUAGACCUCGUCCCUGGCCAGAGACCAACUUCAUCAGGCUGGCCAGGAACUAUUAAAAACUCUGUUGACUGCAUGUGGGCCAAGGGCUUCCCUCAUAUUCCAUGGCAUGAGGGCCCUUUGUGGAGCAGGGAGAAAGGGAAGAAGGUGAGUCCCCCCGGGGUGUAUGGCCCUGCUGCUGUCGCUGACCCUGCCUGAGAGCAGCCUUCCCCUCCUGAUCUGGCCACACUUCCCUUUCUAGGAAGGACAGGUGUCUCCAAGGGACUGCAGGUUUCCAGAGGAUCCCAGAUACUUCUAAACCCCUGUGAAGGUUAUUUCAGAAAUUUACAUUUCCUGCACAUUUGUUACCUGGGUAAAUGAUUUUUUUAAUAUAUUGUUAAGGGAAGGUGUUUUUCAGUGUAUUCUGUUUGUAGAUUUUAUGCUGUGUUACGUUGAAAUUUUACAAGCCAAGUUUAAACUACUAUAAAAAUUAUUUUUGUAUUAUUUUCAGAACAUGCCACAGAGCAAUAUUUCGCACCCUUUACUGUCACAGGGUUGUCCCUUGGAAGGGUAACUGGAGGUGGGAAGGAGCCCCACUGUGGGCUCUGGGCGUUAAAUGCUUUUUGCUGCUUGUUCGAAUACCUUCUGAAAGUGGGAAUGUAUAAAUGUCUGUUUUUAUUGAAAGCUUGAUUUCUUUUUUUCUGUUCAUGGAUUUUGGUACUGCACCUUUCCUCUUAAAUGAAUACUUUGUAUUCACUAAAUUACUGUGGACCUUUUCUUACCUAUUACCACCCAGUGGCAUUUGAAUCUAUUACUUCACAAAUUGAAUGUUUUUCCAAAUGAUUUAAUUUCCUCAUUCUCAUAGCUUACUGUCAAGAAUUGGGUGGCUGAAGAUAAAAGGACUCUCCAUGCCCCCCAGGUGCACACCUCAGGUGUGAACAUCCUCCAUGCAGCGCCCGCCCUGUCUCUGAGGAGGGGUCAUGGGUCCAUCGCCCACCCCCACGUCCCCCCACUUAGUAUCCACAAACUUAUUUUGCAAACUAUUCUACGUUGCAAACAUAAACUUAACCUAGCAAAAUAUACUUCACCUUAGUUAAGAUAAAAGGGCUGUACUUAUCAAUGGUGGGAAAUUUGUGCAAGAAAAAAACAAAGACUUUUCCAAAUCCGUGUGUGUAAGUUCCAUUCCAUGUGAGUCUUUUAUUUACUAAGAGACUUGGAGUAAAAGCUGAAGGCAUCUGCUGUAUGUUUGGGGCUCCUUUCUUUAUGAUAUGAUUCUUUUUCUCCUCAUCUUGGUGUGGACUUUACAAAUUAAGUUUCCCCAGUGUUCUGUCCUUUAUCUUUCUUCAGUGCUUCUAAUAAACAAGAAGAAAUGUAUUUCCAUGGCUGAGCGAGCCCUGCGGGGUCAAGCAGACCUUACCAGCUCUGGCUUCAUCCUCAUUGGGCUGCAGAGGCGGCCCCUGCUCUAGUUGAGUCUGGUUCUGCUGCCAGCUGAGGACAGACACACCAUAUGAAGGGCCCAGAGGUAGCUGGCAUGUCAGGGAACAGGUAUCCCCUUCCAAAACGCCUUAAAGUGAUGGCUCUUUGGAGACCUGAGGCACCAGCUUCACAUUUGCUCCUGACUCGAAACUCUAGCUGGCCGGUUUUAGUGUGGCUGACCGGGGCAGUGACCAGCGCUCAACUUUGUUCUUGUGUAAUUCAAGUCCACCCUGCUGCCCGUGUCCUCUCCACAGCUCUGGGUCUGUUGGUCCAGAGUGUAUUUCUGCCAGAGCUGCCUCACUGACUCAGGAGUGGGUCCUGGAUAGUUCAUGAUAGAGAGGCCAGCACAUGCCAUGGGGAGAGCCCCCCACGCUUACCCCGGGAGGCCCUGCUGCGCAUCCAGGCUGGACCACUCUGCAAGCUUCUGUCGUGAAAGACAACUAUGGGCACUGUGCAGAUUGGCCUGUUAGCAGUUAUGCAGGCCCCUUCUUUUCCAAAAGAUCUAUUCUUCUUCCCACUGCACCCCAGCAGAAAAGAGCUAGGGAGAUGCCCUGCAGGAACCCCCGGGAAUAACAGGUAUGUGCAGUCUGCACAGUAUGAAGAACUUGGCCCCACCAGGCUGAGCGGAAGACACACGUCAUUGCAGAACAGCACUGAAGCCAUCAUCUCCAACCAUGCUAGUAAUACUACUGUUUCUAUUUAUUUUGCCAAAUAGUUUGUUGAAAUUUGCAUUUUUGCUAUUUUAAUCUUGCCAAAAAAGGGGGCCUCACUAAUCCUAAUUAUGUACAUACAGAAUGAUGCACAUUGCUUAUAUCUUUUUAUUCCUCCCAAAGAGCAUCUCAAGGAUAUAUAUGUAUACACACACACAUUUGUUAGUUUAACGUAAGGUGAAGAGUGCCAUUUGGUUUUAAGAGUAAAUAUAGGCCAAAUCUAUUCAAGACCAAAGCAACCUAUUAAUUUAAUGAGGACAAAUUAGUGAAACCAGCUGUUUUAGAAUUUAUCUACAGACACUGGAGUGCUACUUUCAAUGAAGAAACAGCCUCCCAUGGCAGAAGAAAAGCCAGGUCCUUACAAAGGCCUCCCCACCCCAGUACUACUACUGCCUGCUGCUCUGCCCUGGGACGUAGGCCUUCCUGCCAUUUCUAGUCACAGGCACAGGCACCCUCCUGCCUCAGGGCCUUUGCACAUGUCAUUCCUUCUACCUGGAACAUUCUUCCCCAGAGAGCCACAUGGUUCACCCCUCACUACCUGCCAGUCUUUGCUCCAAUGUCACCUUUCAACGAGGCCUUCCCUGACUUCUUUAAAAGAACAGCACACCCCACUCUCCCUCCCUACCCACCUCUCUGCAUCUUCUUGUGCAUUUCUCACCAUCUGAGUGCUGCAGAUGUUAAUCAUUCAUCCAUUUAUUUGGUUCUCGCCUCCCCGUCUCCCAUAGACUGUAAGCUCCAUGUGGGCAGGAACUUUCAUGUGUCUUGCUCAUCACUGUAUCCUGGUGCCUACAACAGUGCCUGAUACGUAUUAGGCACUGGAUAAGUA